AUGGAACUUAACAAGAGAACUUUUGAUGGGAUUUUUCUUCCUAUUGAAAGUGUUAAAGAUCGUAUCUUGCAGACUUUAUGGGAUUGGUUUUCUUCAACGGCUGAAGGUUGUGGAGUUUUUCGUAUUGACAUCUUUAUUAACAUUGUCUACUCCUACUUUCCAACUAUUCGUCUUCACUCUGUUCGGAAGGUACCUCCAAUGGACUCUCUUAAACUUAACUUUGAUGGAAGCUCCAUUGGCAAUCCGGAUCCUAUUGAAAUUGGUGGCUUGCUUAGAGACCAUGAGGGAUCAACCAUUUUUUCUUAUGUAGGACCAUGUGGCAAUACCACGGCUAAUCAAGCAGAAAUCUCGUCCCUCUUACCGGGAUUGAAGAUUAUCGUCAGUAAAGGCAUUUCAGGAGAGAAUCUCAUUGAAGGUGACUCCUUCAAUGUCAUCAAAUGGUGCAAGCAGGAGCAAAGAAUGCCUUGGUCUCUUCACGUUUUUAGGAUGAAAAUUAUUGACCUCUGUUCCACACCUGGUCUUCUUAUUUCUUUCUCAUGUCUACCAUGA